AUGUCCGACUCAGACGACGAUAUGCCUCUCGCAAAGUCGAAUGGCCAUGUCUCUGCCGCCAGAGUAACAGAAGCCGAUGACAGAGCCAUGGACGAGUCGGCAUCGAACGCUAAGCCUGCACCUCCAGGCAUUUCCAUCCGCAACGGCCCGGUUGUCGAUGGCAUGGAUGUCGAUGCUCCUACCGCGAAUGGCAGCGCAAAGCGCAAGUCCCGUUCCUCCGUCGGGAAAGUCAAUUACCGGGAUGGUUCCGAUAGCGAUGAUAACAAGCCCUUGGCAAAACGACAGAAGAAAACAGCUGUCGAGGACUCGGACGAUGACGACAUGCCCUUGAAGAAGAGCCGGAAGCCACCCUCCUACGCUGAGACAUCACUCCCCAAUGACGACGACGACGACGACGACGACGAACCUCUCAGCACGAAGCUUGCAAAGAAAAAGGCUUCUAUCGAAAAGCAAGCUGCGAAAGAAGCCAAAGCCAUCCGGGCGAGCGAGAGCAAGGCAAAGAAGGCGGCUGGCAAGAAGCCGGUUAAGGAAGAGUCUGACGACGAGCCGAUUGCCAAGACGAAGCGGGUAUCCAACGGCGUCAGCUCCGCCAAGAAACGAACCAAAGUCGAGUCCGAUUCGGACGAACCCAUUGCGAAGAAGAAGAAGGCUCCUACGAAGGCUCCUACGAAGGCUCCUGCAAAGGCGACGCCAGCCAAAGGCAAACAGGCCACGCCUGCUGCUAAGGGCAAGGUGAAGAAAGAAGAGAGCGAAGAGGCCGAGGAGGAAGAGGAGGACGACGCUGAUCAGUGGUGGAACGAGCCCAAGAAAGAAGAUGGCAGCAUUCAGUGGGACUCGCUGGAACACAACGGAGUGCUGUUCGACUACAAGUACACUCCGCUUCCCAAGCACGUCAAGCUCAUUUACGAUGGCAAGCGCCUACAACUGCCCAUUCAGAUCGAAGAAGCUGCUUGGUUCUUCGGCUCCAUGUACCAUUCGAAGCUGCACGUUGACAACCCUACCUUCCAGAAGAAUUACUUCAACGACUUCAAGGAAAUCAUCAAGGAACAUGGUCCCGUUAGAGAUACGGACGGCAAUGUGGUCGAGGUGAAGGAUUUCCACAAGAUCGACUGGGAGCCUCUCGCUUCCUAUGCCGAGCAGCAGGCCGCCGAGAGGAGAAACAAAACGAAGGAGGAAAAGAAGGCUAUCAAAGAGGAGAAGGAGAGGCGAGAGGCGCCGUUCCAGCACUGUUUGUGGAAUGGACGCAAGGAGAAGGUCGGAAAUUUCCGCGUCGAACCGCCCAGUCUCUUCCGUGGCCGUGGCGAGCACCCCAAGACCGGCAAGAUCAAGAAGCAGGUCUUCCCUGAGGACGUCACGAUCAAUAUCGGCAAGGGGGUCAAGAUCCCAGAACCUCCUGCGGGCCACAAAUGGAAAGCUGUCGUUCACGAUAACAAGGCGACUUGGCUGGCGUCGUGGCAAGAGAACAUCAACGGCGCAUACAAGUAUGUCAUGCUGGCCGCUGGCAGUUCGGUGAAGGGCAAGAGCGACUACCAAAAGUUUGAGAAGGCGAGAGAGUUGAAGAAGCACAUCCUCAAGAUCCGGAGGGAUUAUACCAAGGACCUCAAGAGCGAGGUCAUGGCUGAUCGCCAGCGCGCCACGGCCAUGUACCUGAUCGACAAGUUUGCUCUGCGAGCGGGCAACGAGAAGAACGCCGAAGAGGAAGCAGAGACGGUGGGUUGCUGCUCUCUCAAAUACGAGCACAUCACCUUGAAGGAGCCCAACACGGUCGUUUUCGACUUCCUGGGCAAAGACAGCAUUCGUUUCUUUGACGAGUUUACCGUCGAACGGCAAGUCUUCAAGAACCUCAAGCUGUUCAAAAAGCCGCCCAAGACGGACGGCGACGAUAUUUUCGACCGCCUCUCGACUGCGCAGCUGAACAAGCACUUGAAGAGCUACAUGGAUGGCCUGACAGCCAAGGUCUUCCGUACCUACAAUGCAUCCUUCACCAUGUCACGUCUGCUGCAGGAACUUCCCGUCAAGGACCUCACCAUCGCGGAGAAGGUCAAGCUCUACAAUGACUGCAACCGUGAAGUCGCGAUUCUGUGCAACCACAAGCGGACGGUCGGGGCCAGUCAUGCGGCACAGAUGGAGAAGUUGGGCGACCGUAUCAAGGGGCUCCGGUACCAGCAGUGGCGCAGCAAGAAGAUGAUGCUCGAGCUCGACCCGAAGCUGAAGAAGAAGAAGGGAGCCGAGUACUUUGAACUGGAUCCCGAGUUGGACGAAGCCUGGAUCCAGUCGCACCAGGCCUUCCUCGUAGAAGAGCAGCGCACCAAAAUCACCAAGAAGUUCGAGAAGGACAAUGAUAAACUCGUGGCCGAGGGUUCCAAAAAGAUGCCCGAGAAAGAGCUUAAGGAACGUCUAAAGGCGGCAGAUGAACUGGCGGCCAAGUUCAAGAAGGAGAACAAGACCAAGAAGGUCGAGCCUGAAGGCAGGAGCCCUACUGUCGAAAAAUUCCAGGACGCCGUCAAGAAGAUCGACGAGAGGAUCAAUACUCUGAAACUCCAGGCUGCUGAUCGCGACGACAACAAGGAAGUUGCUUUGGGCACAAGUAAAAUCAACUACAUCGACCCUCGGUUGACGGUCGUCUUCUCUCGAAAGUUCGACGUCCCGAUCGAGAAGUUCUUCUCCAAGACUCUUCGAGAGAAAUUCAACUGGGCGAUUCAAUCCGUCAAGGACGACAAGUGGGAGUUCUAG